AAGAGCUAUGGGGAUGAUAAAGCUGGGUUCACAGGGACUGGAGGUGUCGGCAUAGGGUCUGGGCUACAUGGGCAUGUCCGACAUCUAUGGCCCUCCCAAGCCCGAACAAGACAUAAUCACUCUUAUCCACCACGCUGUCCACUCUAGCGUCACCUUCCUUGACACUUCCGAUAGCUACGGCCCAUUCGCCAACGAAAUCCUUCUCGAAAAGGCUUUGGAGGGAGGGGUGAAAGAGAGGGUGCAAUUGUCAACCGAGUUCGGAUUUAGCUUUGCGAGUGGGAAGAGGGAGAUCCGGCGCGAUCCAGCGUAUGUGAGAGCAGCCGAUGAGGCCAGCUUGAAGCGCCUCCAAUUGGAUUGCAUUGAUCUCUACUACCAACACUGCAUCGACACCCGCCUUCCCAUCAAAGUCACAAUUCAUGUUAAUGAAAUGGCAACGAGGAAGGGAUGCACCCCAUAGCAGCUAGCAUGGGCCUGGGUUCAUCACCAAGCUAAGGGAAUGACGUGUGUCCCAUUCCAGGAACACACCAAGGUUGAAAACUUCGACGAGAACAUUGGAGCUCUGUCUGUCGAACUCACAACAGAAGAAAUGGCUGAACUUGAAUCAUUUGCUUCUCAAUAUAUAUGUUGUUAAGGGUGAUAGAAGUAGGAAUGACAUUCCGACUAGGAAGAAUUCUAAAACUCCUUCACUUUCUUCAUGGAAAGCCGCAUGAUAAGCACAUGCCUUUUGCUGCACGUGUUCCAAUAACUUGAAUCCUCGUACACUU